AUGCAACAACCAAAUGGUUCUCAACAGCAAGACUCCUCGUCUGUACAUCAUCAAACGAUAAACAACAACACAAAUGAGGCCUCUCCAUCACAGUCGUUUAGAUCAUCAUGUUGUUCCUAUUCAAACAUGACCGGAUCCUUCGGAGAAAUGUAUUACCGAUUGCUUAAGCGAUUUAGGACAGAACAAUUAGAAAAAGACUUGUACAAUCAUCAUGUGAUGAUUACCACAGAUUCCUUACUUCAUGCCUUCCACUACAGUUACAAAUCAAUUUUAGAGUCGAUUGAAGUGCAAAUAUUAUUUCCGAAAAGCAAACGACUCUUUGCCAAUCUAUAUGAGUUGAUGAAACAUACCUUUAUACCGCACCGAUUUUCAGCGUAUCAAAUACAAAACUCUCACUCCAAUGAAUUAAUACCGUCCAAUGAAUUUAGACCAUUAGGUCUCUUGGAGCAAGGAUUGGUAGAUCUAGAUUUUUAUAUCACACUCUCCUUUUCCCUUAUUGUUGACAAGGUUGAACAAGUAUUUUUUCCCUCUAAUGCUCACGAUGUUCAAUAUUUGUUUGAUCUCAUUCAUAGGCGUUCGGGGAGUGAGUUUAGCUCAUCAUGUUGUCUCUUUACAAUAUUCGGUGAAAAAAGGUUUUUCGAAUUUAAGCGUUAUCAACCAAAUUGGUACUACAUUCGAGAUUAUAUGAAUAAUUAUUUCAAGCUUAUUAGUUGGUGUGGAAACACCCAUCUUGACCUUACAAACUUGAGACAAUUUACAUUAAUGCUGUUGUUAUGGCUUCUCAUAUGCGAGUCAAAUUCCCUCGAUAAGGAAUAUACGCAAAUUGAACAUUGUUUUACAACCAUGAUUGGUCCAGCAGACUCUGUAAAUUGUGAAGGAAUAACCAGAUUUUUAUUUGAUUAUUUUGGUCUGGAACAGAACGAGAUUAGUCUUAACAAGCUUGGUGACAAACUCUAUACAACACUAACUUUACCUGAUGGAGAGAAGGUUGUCCGAGAAAUGCAAAAUUACGCUCUCAACAAAAAAUUAGGAUUGAAUUAUAUUGCCAAUUCAACUCUAAAAUCAACUCAGGACGGAAUUGGAUAUGAAGAAAGUUUUACUUUUUGCUUAUUUGGCCAAAAGUUCACUGUAGAUUCUUUUAUAUUUUCAAAUGUCACUUUUGAUAGGUUAUCUGAUUCUGAAGGAACAAGACUACUUCCACGAAUAAUUCCAACUGUGUUAGACCUUGCAUAUGCAAUAUUUGGAGCUGAAAACGUGGCAGAGAAUUUCAUUCGAAACACAGAUCCUUAUUUUGAUGUGGUAUUACCGAAAUUAAGAGAGUUGCGAAGUUCCCUGCAACAAUUAGAAUCCUGCAUGAUGCCUUCGAGCAUCCAUAACUUGUGGCUCCAAACCAUUCAGUCACUCAGCUCGUUCACAUCCGACGAUUUGUUUUCUUCGUGCCAAAACUAUGAAUUCAAAACUCCAAUCACUCAGUUUGCAUCAUAUUCCCAUUUAAAGUAUGACAGCUCACUUUUUGCUAAACAGCACAUUGAGACAGAUAUUGAACCCAUGCUACUCAAGGAAGUCUUUGAUAUUGAUACUGAGGCUUCUGAGUUUAAGAACAUUCAGUUUUUAGUUGACGGAAAUGUGCAAUUUUUCAACAAGUUUCUUUCAUUGUUACGGUUCUUGCAUGAUCUUCUGAAAAGUGACGAAAUGUUCAGCAAAAUGCCUAUUAGCGAAGAGGCUACCCUAUUUUAUGAUAAUUUCAUCAAGACCAUUCAAACACUCAUGAAUAUUCACCAAAAGCAGUGCCAAAAUCAAUCACUCUCGCAACAAGAAACCGCCUUCCUCUCAAAUAUUAUUUUCGCAGAAAAAGACACUCUCAAUAUUAAUCAAAGACCUGAAAGUUUGAGGCAAACUUUUGGAGACGCCACUACCUCUCAAAAUUAUAAGGUUUUUGGAUGGUAUCCAAACCUCUUUUUCAAGCGUGACGAUGCAGGUCGUUUCAAACCAAUUGUUAUCGACAUUCACAGGUAUCCAGAUGUUGACAAUGGAGCGAUUCUUUGGGAAGCAGUGGGUGCCUGCCAACUGCUGGAGUAUGUCGAUCACGAGUCAGGGCUCAAGUUUUAUGGUCCCAUGUUUACACAAUAUGAGUUUGUCACACCCUAUUCUACCACGCUUAAUAAUGCAACAUGGAAAACUAAAUUGAAAAAUCCCAAGCUUGAAUGUAAUUCAUGGAUGUCCAGCUUGAGUUCUGAUGCAUGCUUGGGAGCAAAUUUCAUUGGAUACUCUCGACUGGACCAUUUCACAUGUGCAGAGUAUACCACUCAGUCUCAGACACCAUCAUUCAACUCUUCUCCAAACAGUCCAAGCCCCCAAUCGAUGCAGUAA